ACUCUACCUUGCAGCGUUGUCAUUCCUGAUUGGCUGAGCGCCCGAGGCUGUGGAGGAAGAAGUGGAAGCGUAGAUUCAGUCCCUCAGGGCCAGAAAAGGAAUUGACUGAAAAACCAACAGGUGUCAGUGAGGGAGCUGGUUUGAGUUCGCUCGGGUUCUGCAGCAAGCAGGAUGAGGAAGAUGACUUGAGUUGGCCUGAAGGAGGGCCGCCUUCCUGCGCGAAUACUUAAAUCAAGCAUGUGCCAGAAAAUAUGGGCUGAAGACAUGGCCUAAAUCUAUCCAAGAAAGACCUUUUGAAGGAAUGCAAUGUUAAUUCUGAGGCAUUGAUGUUUUACAAUGCCUGAUCAAGACAAAAAGGUGAAGACCUCAGAGAAAUCAGCUGAUAAAAAGCAGCAGGGGACAACCACCAGGGACUAUUCAGACCUUAAAAGACUUCGAUGCCUUUUGAACGUUCAGUCAAGCAAACAGCAGCUUCCAGCCAUUAACUUUGAUAGUGCCCAAAACAACAUGACGAAGUCUGAGACUGCCAUCAAGGCAGGGGGACACAGAGCUCGUGGUCAGUGGCAGGAGUCCACAGAAGCAGUUGAACUUGAAAAUUUUAGUAUAAACUACAAGAAUGAGAGGAAUUUCAGUAAACAUCCACAGCAUCAGUUAUUUCAGGAGAUCUUUACAUCUCUGGUGAGAAAUAGACUCAUAUGCAGAGAGUGGGUUAAUCGAGCUCCAUCCAUUCAUUUUCUGAGAGUGUUAAUUUGUCUGAGGCUGCUAAUGAGAGAUCCAUGUUAUCAGGAAAUACUCCAUAAAUUGGGUGGGAUUGAAGACCUAGCCCAGUACAUGGAGAUCGUGGCCAACGAAUACCUGGGCUACGCAGAGGAGCAACACUGUGUGGACAAGCUGGUCAACAUGACGUAUAUUUUUCAAAAACUUGCUGCUGUGAAGGACCAAAGAGAAUGGGUCACUGCGAGCGGAGCCCACAAGACAUUAGUGAAUCUGCUUGGUGCCCGAGAUACUAAUGUCCUGUUGGGUACUCUUCUGGCCCUAGCUAGCUUAGCAGAGAGUCCAGAGUGUAGGGAGAAGAUCAGUGAACUCAACAUAGUAGAAAACCUCUUGAUGAUUCUGCAUGAAUAUGACUUACUUUCUAAAAGACUUACAGCAGAGCUCCUGCGCCUGCUUUGUGCUGAGCCCCAGGUGAAGGAGCAGGUGAAACUCUACGAGGGAAUCCCCAUCCUGCUCAGUCUGCUCCACUCUGACCAUCUGAAGUUGCUGUGGAGUGUCGUCUGGAUUCUGGUCCAGGUGUGUGAAGACCCAGAGACCAGUGUGGAAAUCCGUAUCUGGGGUGGCAUCAAGCAGCUCCUUCAUAUUUUACGAGGGGAUAGGAAUUUUGUUUCUGAUCGCUCCUCCAUCGGCAGCCUAUCCAGCGCAAAUGCUGCAGGACGGAUCCAGCAGCUGCAUCUAUCAGAAGAGUUAAGCCCUGGGGAAAUACAGGAAAAUACUGCCUCUCUCCAAGCAGCUUGCUGUGCUGCCCUCACUGAACUGGCUCUCAAUGACACCAAUGCCCACCAAGUGGUCCAGGAAAAUGGUGUAUAUACGAUAGCAAAAUUAAUUUUACCAAGUAAACAAAAGAAUGCAGCAAAAACCAAUCUCCUACAGUGUUAUGCAUUCAGAGCCCUGAGGUUUCUCUUCAGUAUGGAAAGGAACAGGCCACUCUUUAAAAGGCUUUUCCCCACCGACCUGUUUGAGAUCUUCAUUGACAUAGGACAUUAUGUUCGUGAUAUCAGUGCCUAUGAGGACUUGGUAUCACAGUUGAAUUUGCUAUUGGAAGAUGAACUGAAGCAAAUUGCUGAGAACAUUGAGAGCAUCAAUCAGAAGAAAGCACCACUGAAGUACAUAGGCGACUAUGCUGUGCUGGACCAUCUCGGAAGUGGCGCGUUCGGCUGUGUUUAUAAGGUUAGAAAACGUAGUGGUCAAAAUCUUUUAGCAAUGAAGGAGGUCAAUUUACAUAACCCAGCAUUUGGAAAGGAUAAGAAAGACCGAGACAGCAGUGUGAGGAACAUCGUUUCUGAAUUAACAAUAAUUAAGGAGCAGCUUUAUCAUCCCAACAUUGUACGUUACUAUAAAACAUUUUUGGAAAAUGACAGAUUGUACAUCGUUAUGGAGCUCAUAGAAGGAGCCCCACUUGGAGAGCACUUUAACUCUUUGAAGGAAAAACAGCAGCAUUUCACUGAGGAAAGACUGUGGAGAAUAUUUAUUCAGUUAUGCUUAGCUCUUCGGUACCUACACAAGGAGAAGAGGAUUGUCCACAGAGAUCUGACGCCAAACAACAUUAUGCUGGGAGAUAAGGACAAAGUGACAGUUACUGACUUCGGCCUGGCAAAGCAAAAACAGGAAAGCAGUAAGCUCACGUCGAUGGUGGGAACCAUCCUCUAUUCUUGCCCAGAGGUCCUGAAGAGUGAGCCGUAUGGAGAGAAGGCUGAUGUCUGGGCUGCAGGCUGCAUUCUUUAUCAGAUGGCGACUCUGAGUCCUCCCUUCUGUAGUACCAACAUGCUCUCCUUGGCUACUAAAAUAGUGGAGGCAGUGUACGAGCCGGUACCAGAAGGCAUCUACUCUGAAAAAGUGACAGAUACCAUUAACAGGUGCCUCACUCCUGAUGCAGAAGCCCGUCCAGAUAUUGUAGAAGUUAGUUCCAUGAUCUCAGAUGUGAUGAUGAAAUAUUUAGACACCUUAUCCACAUCCCAGCUGGCCUUGGAGAAGAAACUGGAGAGGGAGCGGAGGCGCACCCAGAGGUAUUUUAUGGAAGCCAACAGGAAUGCUCUCACGUGUCACCAUGAGCUGGCUCUGCUGUCUCAGGAAACCUUUGAGAAGGCAAGCCUGAGCAGCAGCAGCAGUGGAGCAGCCAGCCUGAAAAGUGAGCUUUCCGAGAGCGCGGAGCUGCCUGGGGAGGGCUUCCAGGGCGCCCUGCAGUGUGGGAAGGAGGAGGACAGGACCUGUGAGGAGGUGCUGUCCGAGGACAACUUCCACCUGGAGAGUGUGGAGAAAGAUGUGUAUUCUGAGCUGGACGAUGAGCUGGACAUCUUGGACAACUGUAGCAGCUCCAGUUCAAGCCCUCUAAAGGAGUCUACAUUUAGCAUUUUAAAGAGAAGUUUCAGUGCUUCGGGAAGAGAAAGGCAUUCACAGGCCAGGGACUUCAUUGGAGGCCUGGGAUCAAGACCAAGACCAGCAUCUGCAGGCAUUGCUGUAUCCCAGCGGAAAGUACGGCAGAUCAGUGACCCCAUCCAGCAGAUUCUCAUCCAGCUGCACAAAGUCAUCUAUAUCACACAGCUCCCUCCAGCUCUGCAUCAUGAUCUGAAGAGAAGAGUUAUAGAAAGAUUCAAGAAAUCCCUGUUCAGCCAGCAGAGCAACCCUUGUAACCUGAAAUCUGAAAUUAAGAAGUUAUCUCAGGGGUCUCCAGAACCAAUCGAGCCAAACUUUUUUACAUCAGAUUACCACUUACUACAUCAUUCACUGGCUGCAAACAACUGGUCCCAAAGUGACCCCACAGGUCCACCCACCAACUUUGAGUUGGAAGAGGGACUCACAUAUGAGCAGAUGCAGACUGUGAUUGAAGAGGUCCUAGAAGAAAGCGGCUAUUACAACUUUACAACUAACAGAUCUUCCAGAUGUCACUCAUAUCCAUGGGGGACCAAGAAUUACCCAACCAAAAGAUAGGAGCGCUGCACUGGAGCAGAGGGCCUUUCCCAGUCAAGUUCAAGUUCUAGGCUUCAGCCGAAACUGCAAGAUGCCCAGGACUAGCUGCUGCUAGAGUGGUACAGGAAAUACCAAGUCCCAGAGCUGCAGGAAUGUGUGGCAACCACAGUGCUGGGUCUCUGUCCCCUGUGUGCAUUACAUGCACAAUGGUGGGCUAGUGGGUGCUUCUGUGAGAAAACACUGCAAAAUGGCUCCCAGGGUAGGCGUGGGAGUAGCACAGAACUUUCCUCAAGGUUAAUCAUAAAAACAACUUCUAUUUUUCAAAGGAACAUUUUAUACUCAUGAUUGCUGAAACUAUGCUUAAAAGUAUCUAGCCUUCCUUCUACACAAAAGUUUUAGAUAAAACAAUUACAGGACCCAGUGAAAAAUAUUAUGUAUUCCAUUGUGUUCCCCAUUUUUAAUCUUAAAAGAAAUUUAGAAUAUGAUAGUUUGUAAAUGAAAUGAUUGAUUCUCUGUGAUCCACUUGGGUGCUAGAGGUUCUGAGACGUGACACAGUGCAGACAGUAUUUAUAACCUUGCACACAUCUGGGAACAGCUGUCAUUGUUAACACCUGGGAGCAGCUGUCAGAUACUCUGAUUGCAGCUAGACUAGUAGAGUCUACUGGUGUAGAACGUGUGUGCGCGCGCGCGCGCGCGCAUAUGUCCAGGGGAAGAGGAGGGACUGAUUGGGUGACACUUUGCUGCUAAUCAAGCUUGCAAUGUUUCUAGAACACUUUGAAGAAGUCACAGACCAUGAAAGCGAUAACAGCCCUUAUUCUAGAUCUUACCAAAUUGCUUAUGUGUAAGAUAUUUGUUUGUUGUUUUGGGAAUCUUCCCAGAGUUAUAAAAUAAAAUAUAAAUUCCUUCUUUACCCAUUGAUAUGGCCCAAAGAAAGAGAAAUCAGAAUGCCAAAUAGCAUCCCACCUCUAUUGAGAUAGGAUUUGCUAGGCCACUGAGUUCAAAUUCCUCCUCUUCAACUGGCUUCUGAUCACUCUAGUAUGGCGUCAACCCAAACUCUAUGUGUCCCCACUUCAAAGACAGUUCAUUGUAUGUAAUUAGCUAGCUGGAAGAUGAGAUUACACUUUUAACUUCCCAUUGAUUUGUGUUAUCUUUAACUGCGUUGAUGUAUUUUAGCAUGAUUGAAUAGUGAAUAUAUUGGCAGUCAUUGAGACACAACUUUCCUGGAUAGUAUGCAAAUCACUUAAUGUGAAUUCAUCCUAAUUUUUAGAAUUAGUAUGUUUAACAUUUAAAUUAUAUCCCAAUUCCCUUUGAUCACAGACUAAUGCCUUUCCAGGUUACUAAUGGAUAUUUUCUUUCUUUAAGCCAAGAUAACAUUUAAAAUAUACUAAUUUUAAAUAUUAAAUACAGUGAUGAAAAAUUUCAGUUUCAGCUCUCAAAACAGUUCCAUCCAUAUAUGAAUUUUACAUACAGAAUCCAAACACUAUUAUUGAUUCACUGAAGCAAAGUUUUAUUUCUGUUUGCACAGUCAUUUGUAGGUCACCUGACAUGUGGCAAGAGGCAUAGGCCUGGAGGGGCAUGGACUUGAGUCACAACAGAAGCCUUACAUAGAAUGUUUUAUGCUGUGGGGUAAAUGCUCAAACAAUCAUAUUCUUUCUCAAAUGGUAAUAUAUAGUAAAUAAAAAGAAUGGCAUCCAUUGCCUUGGUAAAGAAAUCAAUAUUUAAUUGAGGUAUUUUUUUUUAAAAUGAGUGCAGUCUACUGAUGGAAAAGGACAAGAUAUACGGUUUCUCCAUAUCUCUUUUAGGCCACAGGAAUGGCACUUAUCACAGAACAAGCCAGGAAAAUUAGCAAAAAGAUGCCAACACAUCCCCCUGGAACAGCUGCCCAGGCCCAGCUGUGCAGUAGCUGGGUGGAUUUGCUAAGGUGCAGGCUGUGUGUGUUCCCCUUGAGUUGCUCCUGAGUCUCUGCAGUCAUUGACCCUCAUCCUCCAGGUAUAAGGAGGCCCUGGAAUGCAGCCUCUCCCCAGCAGUGAAGUUAGCCUUUCCAAAGUGCUCUGUGACCUUCAGAGAAGAACAAGACGUCAUUUAGUCUUGAUCAGCUGAAUUGUCUUUAGUGCAAAGAAGUGGUUCCUCGAGAUUAACGGGCCUCAUCAUCUAUUCUUGAUCGCAUUUAUGUGUUUUCCUUUUGUCUUGUAUAAUUUUUAAUGAUUUGUUGUAUAAUGAAAUCCUGUGAAAUGUUAAAUCUAUCUCCUUCCCAGUGACCGACUAUUGUAUGGGGUAGAAUUUGAAUUAAUCUCUUCAUAUAACUUUCGAUGCACAAAUGCUUCGGCUAAUUAUGUUUUGACCCAGAAGCUCUUUCUGUUUAUCUGUACUUGAAACUUCCAUUCACUCCUUAAAAGCAAAACGUCCUGUUCUCAGGAAACUGGCAACGGCAAGUAUUUGUCUUUGUCUUGUGGCAGAUAUGCAGUCCCUAAGGGAGCACCUCAGGAGGAGAGAGGGACAGACAGACAGACAGACACAGCUGGAGGAGGAAUUUCAGAAACCUGGAGAAGUGCUGUUGGCUUUCACGUGGACAUAUGUGUGGCACACUAACGUAGAACACCGGUGGGUUCUGUUCUCAGCAGCACCUGUGUUCUCGAGGCCACAUUCAUGCAUGAACUUGCGUGCACAUGCACAUACACUGAGGGGGCAUUGUUAAGAAGUUUAUACAAGUUAAGGUCUUCCUAUAUAAGUGCCGCCUGGAGCUCAUUAAAUGCAAUGAAUUUGAACACUCGGGGACAAAUAGGGAACUGGAUGACUAUGUCCAGUUUCUUUGAUACCACCACUAAUUUUAAACUUAACUUUAAGAUUUGUGAAGGCAAUACUAUUGGCUAGUCAAUUCUAUCAGUAUUAAUAUGUACAGAACAUAAACAUUUCCCCUUUUUACUUCCCUCUUUUUGUUUGGAAUUACAUAAAAUGAGCGUGCUAGUUUCUUGUGAAAUACCCACAUUUUCUGCCCAUCUGAAGGUAGAACAAUUGUUUUAGGCAACUUUGACUAUUCACCUCUUACUUUUUGAAAAUGCUGGUUUUCAUGAGUACCCAGACCACCUGCUGGGCAGUGCAAGGUCACCUGGGUGGGGCAGCUUCUCAGCACCCAGAGCAUGCAGCAGUGAGUAGAAGCGAGCGGCUAGCACACUCUGACCUUAACCCUGUGUGAAAUUCUGUCUGAACAUCAAAUCUUUAUGUUCAGGCCCUGGAUGGGAUAUGUAUGCAUUUGCUGUCUUUUGGAUUGUGUUAAUGCUCCUUUGGUAUAAAGUGACAGCUUUGGAUAAAUUGUUUUUAAAAUUAAAAUGUGCUGCUAGCACAUGCCACUGUGA